AAAACAAAAUGCGCGGAGGGAGAAGAGUUGAAGGGAGCUGGGGUGGAGUUUGAACCGGGAGGAGGGAGAGGGGAGCUGGACUGGGGCGGUUCAAGAGGCGUCCCCGGGGAGGGGGCUGGGGCUGGCAGGCCGGCCGGCAAUCUGUGAUCUCUCUUUACCCAUGGAGCUGUCAGUUCGUGGCCAGGCGGCGAUCCCGGGCGGAGCGAAGCCGGGGCCAGCCCGCAGAUCGGCUCCGUGGAUCCUGCCAUGUACAGGCGGAGACUAAGCGUCCCACUGCCUCUCGGCCUCUGCUCCACCGCCCUGGUGCUGCUGCUGCUCGGGGGCUUCCGAAGCUCCUGGUGCCCCCGCAACCCGCCGCUGAGCCGGGAGGAGGCGCUGCCGUCCGCUGGGGCAGGGGUCGCCGGUGGGUCGGAGGUCGUCACCGGACGGGUGACCUAUGUCCGGAGUCUGAAGAGGGACGGUCCAGCAGACCGCGCCCGGGAUGCCGAGGGUUUGGGGCCGGACUGCUGCCGUAGCCCUCUGCUGCGGGGCAAACGAAAGUCACUUCGUUGGCACAUUGAACUCCAGCCCUGGGUCAGUCCACGACAUUCCCUGGAGGAGGAAGCAGCUCGGUUCCUGGCCUAUAUCAGCCAUUCUCAGGUUCCCUGCACCAAGGUGGAUGGAAUGGUUUUGAUAGGCAGCUUGGAGAACACCCAGGAACCGUGGGCUGUCUGCCUGGACGAUGCAUUUCACCUUGCUCGACAGAUACACACAGGGAAGUGCCGGAUUUACUCAGUGGGACUGGGGAGCGGAGACCAACAUUUUGAAGAGGAAAUGGCCAGAGCGGGUUGUGAGGUGCACUAUUUUGAUCCAAGUGUCCCAGAGGCUCACGUUCAGAAGAGUAAGGGGUACUGGCACCACCGCAUAUCCAUCAACUGGCGAGACCCCAACCCAGCCGUCGCCGCCCAGCAGCAGCCUAUAACCACCAAGAAGUUGGGCGUGAUCAUGGAUCAGUUUGGUCACAGGAAGAUUGAUGUUCUCAAGGCAGACUUGGAGAGUGCAGAAUGGAAGAUUCUGGAAAAUCUAAUUCUGGAAAAUGUCAUUGAAGAAAUUGGACAGCUGGUCUUCGUAAUACACCUACACUGGCCCGGGUUCGAGGUCGGCGGGGGUGACAAUGAUGUAGUUCGAUACUGGUACAGCCUGCUGAAGGAACUGGAACUCAUGGGGUUCAAACUUUUCUGGAGUCACAAGAACAUAAAUAAGCCUCAAAUCUUCCUACAAAAGCAGGUUUUCAAUGCCAGCAGCAGCUACAUCCUCAGCUGGGUGAAUACCCAGUGGGGACAGCAUUGAAACUGGAGAUACUGUGUGACGAUAGAUGCUGCUGCCUUCUGCUCAGUCCAAGCCUCUCUGUAAUCUACUGGUGAAAAUAAUUGUGAAUUCCUUCAGGAGGAUUAACCUAUUCCAAAGAAAUGCAGUUUGAGACUUCACAGCAAGAAUAUUUUAAGUGGACACAUUGGAUGCUUAUUUCCUUGCUUAAUGGUGGUAAACUGAACAGAUUCGGAUGUGAUUGCCACAGUCCUGGCUAUGUGCACCUCAUGGAUAGGAUUAAGUUUCUGGCAAACUAAAGGCUGGAUUGAACAUUACGUUGUGUGGAAUGUAGUUCUCAGGGUUGACAGUUACCAACGCUGGUGACAACCUGAUAAAUGUUACCGAAGGAAUUAAAGAUGUUCAGGUAUAUAAUUUUCUUCAAUAACUUGUCUCCAUUUUCUUUCAUCCCAAAAUUUUCACUUACAAAUAAAUGUCACAGAUGUCAAAAUUGUUUUUGUACCUAUGUGAAAUGGUUUGAAAUAAGCUACACUUUAUGACCGAGGAACUAGAUGUUUGUGAAGUUCUUGGCUCACAGAGUAUGAAUUCAAAUUAUAGACAUUGUCCUGGAGGAAAUUUAAGAAAUCUGUUUAUAAGUACAGGGUCUGGGACUAGGGUACAGUGAAGGAAUGGGGCGGGUGGGGUCGCUAUACGAGAGGCUGACUCAGUGGGAGAAACAGCCUCUUUCAAUGCUACCACAAUCCUUUUGUUCUAUAAUCGUAUGGCAGUGAGAUCCAUGGCCAAAACUUCUUAAUUAACCUUGUAAGAAGAAAAGAAGAGCUCUGAUAAGGAAAAUAGUUAAUCCCAGUGGUUGCAAAGCCAGUGAUUAAAUUGAAGAUGUUGCUGAGGCAAGGAGAGAGUUUGGACAAAUCUAACAGCUGGUCCUGGCAUAAUGGGCAGAACAGCCAUGGCACAUAAGACACGGCUGAGAGCUGGGAAAUGGAAUUAGUACAAACAGUAUUUGAUGACCAGCAUGGAAAAAGUGGGGUAAAAUGUUUGUUUCCCUUUCGAGAACAUAUGAUUCUCUUCCUGCAUCUAUCUGCAGAAUGCAGCAGGGGAAAAAGUGCAAGGACGUUCAAUACCUGAAUAAAAUGUUAUGUGAAAUAAAAACAGAAAAUGCUGAAAGCAUUUAAUAGAUCAGGCUGCAUCUGUGGAAAAAGAAACACAGUUAAGCUUCAGGUCCAUAAGACAUGGGUGCAGCAUUAUUACAUUUGCUGACGAUACUAAUCUCAAAUAAUAACGAGGCAGCCUACAGAAGCAAGUCAUCACCCUGACACAGUAGUGUCAAGAAAACAACCUCUCCCGUAAUGUCGCAAAAACAAAGGAGCUGGUUGUGGACUACAGGAGGAACGGAUACCGGCUAGCCCCUGUUGACAUCAAUGGAUCUGGGGUUGAGAGGGUGAACAGCUUUAAGUUCCUUGGCAUACUCAUCACCGAGGAACUCACGUGGUCUAUGCAUACCAGUUGUGUGGUGAAAAAGGCACAACAGCGCCUCUUUCAUGUCAGAUGGUUGAAGAAGUUUGGUAUGGGCCCCCAGUCCUAAUAACUUUCUGCAGGGGCACAUUUGAGAGCAUCCUGACCAGCCGUAUGGGAACUGUACUUUCCUCAAUUACAGGACUCUGCAGAGAGUGGUGUGGACAGCCCUGUAGGUGUGAACUCAAGGACAUUUACAAAGACAGGUGUGUAACAAGGGCCCGAAGGAUCAUUGGGGACCCGAGUCACUCCAACCACAAACUGUUCCGGCUGCUACCAUCUGGGAAACGGUACCACAGCAUAAAAGCCAGAACCAGCAAGAUCCAGGACAGCUUUUUCCAUCAGACUGCUUAAUUCAUGCUGAUACAAUUGUAUGUCUAUGUUAUAUUGACUGUCCUGUUGUACACACUAUUUAUUAUAACUUACUAUAAAUUGCACAUUGCACAUUUAGACAGAGACGUAAUGCAAAGAUUUUUACUCCUCAUGUAUAUGAAAUGCAAGUAAU